AUGUUAAAUAAAACUUUAAAGGGAUAAUAUUGUGUUAGGCCUAGGCCUUGUAUCAUGAGAGUGAAGAUGACCGAAUCUCCAAGAUCUAAAGCUGACCAGUCAACGUUCCGAGCUAAUGGUGAAAACUGGCGCCAUGUUUCUCAGACUGGUAAAGAACAGAUUGAUAUUAUACUACAUGGUGCCAGUUCCUUACCCUCAGUCCAGAAAGGGAGACCACCUCAUCCAUAUGCUUCAAUCAAAACUAAGUCUACCUAUAAUAAAAAUGAUGCUACUACAAUCAAAACCCAUUCUACAGCUCGUCCAACAGCUGCACCAUCUUGGGAAGAAAUGUUGUCAGUAGAAAUUGAUGAACAGAAAUCAAACAGUGAAGCUUUAGUGAUGACUGUGGGGGAUUCAGCUAGUAAAAGUCGUUUAGUUAAUUAUGAAUUACCAAUUAAUCAUCUUCAACCCUUUCAUCAAUACCAUCUAGAACUGGUCACUCCACAUAAAGAGAAGACUGAUGGAGUAAGAAUGUAUGCUAGUAUUAUGAGAAAAUUAAAUAAAUUACCAUUACAUCAAUCAUCACCUAAUUAUCUUGGUUUAGAGGCUCAUCUACAGUCAGUGAAAUACCCAAUUAUAAACCCAAUGGGACCGUUGAUAGCAGUAGCUAGAAUAGUACCUGAUUAUUAUAAUUAUAGAUCCGAUAAUCUGCUGCCCCACCCUAGAACAGCUGGUGUUAAUAUGACUAGUGUCACAUUCCCUCAACCUCAUCCUUCUUCAUUUAAAGUUCCUGAAAAAUCUUCACAAGGCUAUCCUCAGAUAAGUUUACCUGGUCGUCCUGAUGAACAGCCAACCUGGAAUCAUCCCUAUUUAUUUUCUGAAGAGAAAGAUAAAGCUACAUUAUUUACUCCUAGUGCAGCUCUAGUAAUAGAAUAUUAUGUUGCUAAUAAAGCAAUGAAUGACCAGUUUUGGAGAAUGGAGAGUCCUGUAGGAUUUUCAUCAUUAUUAUUAGAUCAUAGUAUGUAUACACAGUUAAUACAAGAUGAGGCUAGAAUGGGACUACGUAUUGAAGGUCUUCCUAUACAGAUGAAAGAUGGAGAGAUGCCACCAUAUGAUGCUAUGGAUUCUAUCUUACCAGAAUAUGAGUAUAUAUAUAAAGAUGAUGGACAGGGACCAGUUAUAACAUCUACAGAGAAAACUACCAAUCUACAUGUUGUUCAGACUAAUGAUCAGUUACCUAGUGUGUCGAGUAAAAUUUACCACUACUCUGAUCCAGAUUAUACCAAUGUUAUAGAAAGACAAGAUCAAGAAUUAACUAAUUAUAGAUCUCAGUUACGAAGAAUGGGAGAUGAUAUUGUAGAGUUACGUACAACAUUAGGCAAUUAUGAAACGGUACAGAGUAAUAAUCGACGUGAUGAUACCACCAAGUUAUUAAUAGAUGCUAGAGAAAUGGAUGGUUUACCUAAAGCAGAUAUCAUGACUAGAUAUGCUCAAUUAAAACAGAAGUUAGCUUUUACCUAUACAGAGUUAAAAUCUUAUAAAGAUAAAGUUCAAAGAUUACAAAAUGAACUCAUUAAGAAAAAUGAUCAACAAAAGGAUUUCUUAAAAUUACAUCAUGCACAUACCGGCCAACAAGAGUUAUUACAGAAAUUACAAUCUAAAGCUCAGCUUAUCAAGAAAUUAGAAGAUACAAUCAGAAAACAAGAACGUGUUAUAGAUAAAUUAGAGAGAGCAUUAGAUAGAAAAUAUGGUCAUGGUAAAACACCUAUACCAAGUAACAAUGCUGGUGAAAUUAAUUCUACAUUAAGUGCUGAAAAUAGACACCUUCGACAACAAAUAGAAGAUCUCAAGGAACAACUGAGACUAGGAGGUAAAAGUAAUAAUGAUGAUUUAGAAAAAUUAGAAUUAUAUCAGGCAUUAGAAAGAGCAGAGGGCAGAAUAAUGUCUUUAGAACGUCAGUUGACAGAGAAUGCUAGAUAUUGGGGUAAAGAGAAAGCUGAUCUAUCUAUUAGAGCUAAUGAAAUAGAGAGAGGUUUUAGACAUGGAGCUGGUAUGAUAUUACAUGACUACCCUGUACUUGAAGAGAUAUGUUCUCGACCAAUUAGAAAGACAUGCUUGGACCCAAUACACUGAACAUUAUACUAUCAGAUUAGAAAUAUCAAGUCUCCAGCAUUCUAAAUCUUAGUACUUCUACCAUGUGCUCUGUGAUAACCAUUAUUUAUUUUCUAUUUGUUAAUGUUGUUUUGUUAAUGAAAGCUGUCUGUGAUAAAUGUGAAUGCAAUGUACAAAACACAUACAUGAAGCACAAGUACACAGAUCAUACUGGAAUAGGGUAGAAGGGGUAUAUUUAGUAAGAUUAUUCACUGCCUAUCGUGUGAAUUUAGUUGAAAUUUUUUGGUUAUUAAAAUAGAAGUAUGGGGAGUGGAAUCAGACAUUUAAAUCUUGCUCCUCCAAUGUCAUCUUUUUAGCAACAAAAUUUCCAAACUUUAGUAUAGUCAUUUUGAUAAUGUUAGUCAAACUGUACAUAUUGUAUGUUUUACCUUGCUUGUAUUAUAAAACAAAUAAAGUACCUGUGUAAGUUAUAUGUCAAGAAGCAGUAAAUGCGGACUUCUAAAUAUAUAUACAAAUAUACAAAAUACUUUGAAGUGGAAUCACAAGUAGCCUACAACAGUGCAUUGGGACCAUAAUUUCACGAUUAAAAAUAAUUAUGUUUAGUAAAGUGUUCACUCAGCAACAAUAUGUAUCAUUUGGGAGUCAUAUUUUUUUACACUGCUCCAUUUGAAAAUGUCACACAGAGGUUAAAAAGUUCAGGAUAUAUAUCCACCCUGCUGUGUCAUCUGGAUUCAAACAAUCAGUUCAAAGGUAUACAAAACUUGUUACAUUCAGAAAGUGUAAGUUAUAUAAUUUGGUGCACAAUAUAUUUAUCUAAAGCUAUGUAUAAUAAAAUUCCUGUAUAAAUGUAUAUAUACACAAUAAAGUCUCAAAAUAU